CUGAAAACCUCACCUCCGGACAGGACCUGCCCACCCUCCACCCCUGACAUCAUGACCCACUCGUGCUGCUCCUCUUGCUGCCAGCCUACGUGCUGCAGGACCACCUGUUGCCGGACCACCUGCUGCCAGCCCAGCGGCUGUGGGUCCAGCGGCUGUGGACACAACUGCGGUGGGUCUAGCGGCUGUGGCUCCAGCUGCUGCCAGCCUUGCUGCCGCCCAACUUGCUGUCAUACCACCUGCUGCCGGACCACCUGCUGCCAGCCCAGCUGCUAUGGGUCCAGCGGCUGUGGACACAACUGCGGUGGGUCUAGCGGCUGUGGGUCGAGCUGCUGCCAGCCUUGCUGCUGCCCAACUUGCUGUCAUACCACCUGCUGCCGGACCACCUGCUGCCAGCCCAGCUGUUGUGGGUCCAGCGGCUGUGGGUCCAGCGGCUGUGGACACAACUGCGGUGGGUCUAGCGGCUGUGGCUCCAGCUGCUGCCAGCCUUGCUGCCGCCCAACUUGCUGUCAUACCACCUGCUGCCGGACCACCUGCUGCCAGCCCAGCUGCUAUGGGUCCAGCGGCUGUGGACACAACUGCGGUGGGUCUAGCGGCUGUGGGUCGAGCUGCUGCCAGCCUUGCUGCUGCCCAACUUGCUGUCAUACCACCUGCUGCCGGACCACCUGCUGCCAGCCCAGCUGUUGUGGGUCCAGCGGCUGUGGGUCCAGCGGCUGUGGACAAAACUGCUGUGGGUCCCACUGCUGCCAGCCAGGUUGCUGAACCCCCGUGUACUGCACGAGAACCUGCUACCACCCCACCUGCUGCUGCCUGCCUGGGUGCCUAGCCCAGGGCUCUGGAUCCAGCUGCUGCUAGCCUGACUACUGCCCAAUAUGCUGUCAGUCCACUUGCUGUAGGACCACAUGCUGCUGCCCUUGCUGUGUCCAGCUGCUGCAAGCCUUCUUUGUUAUUCAUCUGCCUAUUUAAGAGCUUGUGAAUCAGAUUGAUGAAGUAUGGACCACUUUUUUAAAAUUAUAUUCUUCCUUAUGUCCUGUGAAUCACAUGCCCUGUAUCCUGCUUCAUGUAUCCUGCUAUGGAGCCAUGAUCUCUGCUUUGACUCCAGGUCUUUGACUCAUGUCUUCAUCCUGUCCCUCUGAGUAUCUAGAUAAAGAAACAAAUCCUUACGACUCAUACAUGGGUGUCACCAAAUAAUGAAAGACUUCAUAUCAUUUUUAUAUUUCAGUCCUCCUAUGAUGCUUUCUACCUGUCAUGAUCACUUUGAAUAUCUCCCUAGAUGCAGAGAGUCUUACUUAUAUUUUUUAAUAAAUCCUGUUGUAUUCUGAAUCUCAUUUUGUCUCUCUCUUUUUUUUUUUUUUUUUGUCUAGUGCUCCCAAUGUGAGAAUUUAUACACAAGUUGCCUAUCAAAUGUAAUGUCCAUUUGGAGCCUCAUAUAGUCUUCCACAAAUUAUUAUCUCCACUUUUGGAUAAGGAAAGUUCACAGCAGAAUGUCGUAGCUGACAUGGACAGACUCAGAUCCAAGACUACAUCUCCUUCCCUUUCUGAAUUGCACUUACAUUCAUAUCUCCAGUCGUGUUAGAAAACGCCCUGGGUGGAGAAGCCAAGAUGGCGGAACAGCAUGGAAGUUUUUUGUGUGUCUCACAUCCAUGAAAUACAGCCAGACCAACACUAAACCAUCCUGCACACCUAGAAAACUGAUGUGAGGAUUAACACAACAAUAUGCACAACCUGAACCACAGAACUCAGCAGGUACACGGUGUGGAGAGGUGAACCUGGGGAGAGAGAAGCCUUGGAGGGCAGGGAGCGGCUUUUGCAUGUGGAGAGAGGAUGGAGACAGCAGGGGGUGUGUGGAUACGGGAAAAGCACCCCUCCCCAAAAGCAGCUGGAGAGAAAGCAGAAAAGUGGAAACAGCUGCAAGGACUGAACUAAACAGGGAGAAAGGAGAAAGAAGAGGGUUUAAAUUCCAUUAAGACUGUAAACAGGGGAGUGCAGAGUCUGAAACUCUGCAGCUCAAUACCUGGAGGUGCUCUGGUGGGAAGGGUGAAUCCUCAGGAGCAGAGUGGGGUCUGGGACGUUCUUGAGCCACAUGGGGAGAAGCAGUUCCACUGCUGGAAGGACAUUUGGUAGAGGCUGUGAGGCCACCUGGGCCCAGCAGACCCCAGAGAAUGGCCACAUUCGCUGGUGCUGGAACGAUGUCAUUGGGGGUGAAGCCUGGUGCCAGAUGUGUGUUGUGAUUUGCCAUAAUCCCUGAGGUGGUGCUGCUACACUGUCUCAUGAACUUUUUCUGGGGUGGGCUGGCACCUGGCCCCAGUCUCUGGGCAUUGGCAGCAGCACAGUCCUGCAAGUGUCCCUGGGUGCAGCUGGCACCCAGCCAUUGCUCGGUGAGAUCCUCCGCAGAGGGUCAAAGCCACAGUCCCUUAGAAGUGGGGGGCCAGGGAAGGCAGCCGCAUCUGAGACAAAACUCAGGAGGGAGGUGCUGCCUGGGGCUCAGUCAUAGACAGUGUGGAAGCAGAGAGUGGACGGAAGCCAAAGACGAAGGACAGGUGAGCGAUUGCUGAUUGGGGAGAACAGAGUUCCCAUACUAGAGACUGGGUACUGGGUAACACCAUUUUCACUACUCCCGCCCAUGCGCAUACCUACCUACAAGCACCACAAUCCACCCCAGUAGGCUAGCAGCGCCAUCUAGUGGAGAACGGAGCCAUUACACUAAGCCCCGCCCAACUGGGCCAACCUCGCUCUCCAAGAACACAAGUCUCAUUGCCUGCUAAGUUCAUGGACUAUGAAGUACUUCAUAAUUUGAC